ACCGCAUCAAUUCACUGUCUAGACAGUACACUGUGAUGUUUGUAAUUUGUGACAUGACGAUGGCUGCCCUGAAACGCCAGUAAUUUGUUUUCGUCAAAGUGCUGUAGGUUGCCAUACUAGUAAGUCCCGGCAGUAGAUACGAAAGUUAUUGAUGCGUUUUGGAAAUCAGUUUGUUAGUGUUUAUAUGUGAGUAUUGUGAAACACCGAUACUGUGGAACAUUUCGUCCUCGAAAUUUAUAAUGAAAGUCGCUGAUUGUGUACGGCGUGAAGAUUGGAUGAUGUUGUUAUGGAAUUUGCAGGGAUAUGAUCAACAGAAACAGUCUCCAGGCUGCCUGUGAAGCUGCAGCCCGUGUAAACGCUGUUCUAUUUGCGAAAGGGAAACUGAAACAAGCGGCGCCACAGUUGCCUAAGGUUGGAAACACUGUACGCACAACUGCUGAUCUCUUCACUUCUGAGUAUGAGAUAAAUGAUGUUCCUGUGGCAGCCCGAAAUCUGCUAACUAAGGGUCUCAUACAAGAAGAAAUAAACUUAUCUUCAGGUGCUGCAGUUUCCACACGCGGGAGGUAUUUGACUAUAGAAGAAAGACAAAGAAAUCCAGGCUUACGUCCACUGUACCUCCACGUCCAGGCUUCUUCAAAAGAAGCUGUUGACUUGGCUAUACAGAAGAUUGAGGAGCUAAUACAGCUCCACGUCCAAGGAAUGGAACAGUUACCACAUCAGGUUGGGAGGCCUAGCAAAUUCAAAAUGGGACCUCCACAACAGGGAAUGCCCCCACCUCUUAUGAGUUUACAUACAGCCAUACCUGGUGUGGAGAAGGUUCUGGUUGGACUAGAACAUGCCCCUCCAGCAUUUGAUUUACGCAACAGGCUUAUUGGUCAGAAUGGAACCAAUUUACUUUACAUACGUAAUGAAACAGGUGCCAUGGUGACACUCAGAGGUAAAGGAUCGGGUUUCAUUGAGCCAAACACUGGAACGGAAUCAAUGGAACCUCUUCAUUUGUGUGUGGAGCAUCCAAAAUACGAUAUUCUCCAAGCAGCUCGUCAGCUGGCGCAUAACCUUAUCGAAACAAUGCAGCAAGAGUAUGCUCAGUUUCAGCAACAACAGCAGCAGCAACAACAGCAGCAGCAGCAACAACAGAUGGUGAUGCAGCAUGCAACACAGAUGCAACAGAACAUGAAUAUGGGUGGCAUUGGACAACCAGGGGUUGUAACAGUACAACAAGACUUACCACAACAAGCUGGUAUCAUAGGAACUUCAGUGGCUAUGCCAGUUGUAUCAUCCGUCCCUACUGUUUUUACUGGGCAGCAAGUUCAGCAAGCAGUUGGACAGUUGAGUGGUCCACCUCCUCCAAUAAUGGGUGUGCCACCACCACACUUAAACCAGCAGAUGAUUCAGUCACAGCAACAGCAGCAUAUGUUGUCACAACAGCAGCAACCUCCACCAACAUCACAACCACAGCAGCAACAACCACAUCCACAACCUCAUUUACCACCAGUUCAAGUGCAACUUCCUCCACCUGGCCUACAUAUUCCGACACAUCAAGGUCCACUUGUCCCGCCCCAACAGCAUACCACGCAGCAGCAGCAGCAGCAGCAACAUCUACAGGCCAUUCUUCAACAGCAUCAUCAGAUGCAGCAGCAGCAGCAGCAUCAUCAGCAGCUCCAGCAGCCACCUCUCCAGGACCAGCAGGAAGCAGCACUCCAGCAUGUGCCACCUCAGCAGAUGUCCAUUCAUCUGCAGCAGCCGGUUUGUAACUCUCUUCAACCUGUUAUGCAGGCCGUGCUGCAACAGCAGCUCCAUCAUCAACAGCAGCAGCAGCAGCAACAGCAACAACACCAACAACAGCAGCAACAGCAGCAGCAGCAACAACCAUCACAGCAGCAUCAGUUGUUGCAGCAGCCCCCGCAGGUUCUGCUUCAGCCUCCACCAGGCCAACCCCAAGGGCUUGUGGCACAGAAUGGACAAGUUCUGAUGCUGCCCCAACAGCAACAUCUGCAAGGUCCUCACACAAUUCUACCGCCAACCGCAGUCCCGCCACCAGGACAGCAGCAGUUACCUCCUCCACAGUUUGGCAGCACAGUACUUGGUUCUCCAAGUCACAUGUAUCUCCCGCAGCAGGCUCAGCCGCAACAGCCACCCCUGCACCAAGGCCCCCAAAUGCAUCAACAACCCCCUGCUCCUGUCCCAGCUCCUGGACCUGAGCCCCCACAGCCAGUCCAACAUCCACAACAGCAGCAGCAACAGCAAUCACAACAGCAGCAACAGCAGCCUCAACAGCAACAGCAACCACCUCCUCAGCAUCAGCCUGCAUCACAAGGAUACCAACCACAGCAUGCCAUGGCUACAGUAUCAUAUCCUUACCAGUAUGUCCAGAAUUCUGGACCUCCCGCCAUGACAUAUCCAACUUUUAGCCGUCUGGACCAGCAGCAGCCUCCACAGCCGUUGCAGCAGCCUCAAGGUCAUGUCAUGCCAAUUCAGAAUCAGGGUCCACCAAUGCAGGGACAGUUGCCACCAAUGCAAGGCCAAACACUAUCAAUGCAAGGACAAACUCAGGCAUUGCAGAUGCAGAAUCAUAUGGCCCCUCUGCAAGGUCAUGUGCCCCCUGUUCAAAACCAAGGUCCACCACUUCAGAAUCAGGUUCUACCUGUACAAAGCCAAUGUCCUCCUGCACAAAACCAAGCACCUCCAGUUCAGAGUCAUGGAGGGAUGCAGUUGCAUAGCCAGGGGGCACUACAAAUUCCAAAUCAAAGUACUGUAACACUCCAGAAUCAAGGUGGUCCCCCUAAUCAGGUGACAGCAGUGCAAGGGCAGGGCCCUUUGCCAGUGCAGCAAGGUGCUGGUGUACCUCCUGUGCAAUGUCAAAAUCCCCAAUUGCAAGGCCAAGUAUCACUGCAAGGACAAGGCAGUUUGCAGAUGCAGAAUCAGAUGCAACAGCCACCUCAGGCAUUGCCUUGGCAGACACCAACCCAAGCUCAAUCCCAGCAGCACCAAGGAACGGUCACCUACCAGCAGCAACAUCACAUUCAGACACAACAAUCAGUGAAAACUGGGACCAAAGGAGGCCAGAAGAGAAGAUUCACAGAAGAAAGAGAGGAUUCAGGUGAUAACUUCCAGGGCCGUGUUAAUGUUGGCACUGUGACUGGUGGAAACAUACAGCAGUCACAACAGCAGCAACAGCAACAGCAGCAACAACAACAGUCAUCAGCCCAGCAGCAGCAACAAGCUGCACGACAGGGAAUGGGGACAGCACCUACAACAAUAUUUGUAAACACUGUAAGAGUGAAAGCAUCUCAAGAUGGAGACACAGGAAUGGAUGAAAUGAUGCAACGCCAGCAACAGCCUGAACAGCAGCAGCAGCCACAGCAGCAGCAGCAGCAACAACCACCACAGCAGCAACAACCGCAACAGCAGCAGCAACAACAGCAGCAGCAGCAGUCACAGUCACAGCAACAGCAGCAUCAACAGUCGCAGCCACAGAUACUCACAUCAAGUGAUAAACGGCAAGCAGAUCAGGAAACAACUCCAAACAAGAAGGUGAAAGGAGAAGGUUAUGAAGAGGACCAAGAAACAUCUGAGGCAAGUGCAGAACAUAAUACUGCUUCCAGUGGUAACAACAACAGCAACAACAAUGCUGUUACCAGUAGCUCCACAAGUGGCGGCAAUAGUAGUAGCAGCAGUAGUAGUACUACUAGUGCUAAUAAUAGUACUACUAUUCCAGUUCAGCUGACCUCCACUUCAGCUACCAGUCGUACGGAAUAUCACAGAAGAAGUGGAGGCAGUGAUCGUACAGAACAGAGAGACCGCACAGACAGAAGCACUGGGAAUAGUGGUGCAGAAAGACCUUCAUUCAACCAUUAUUCUUCCAAGCCUCAGAUGUAUAAUGCUAGCUUGCCGUUUCAUGUGCAUGGAAUCAACAUGUACACUUCUCCCCCUCCUCCACCCCAGCCAUCACAACCUCAGCAAACACCUCCACCACCCCCACCACCACCUCCCAACCCAUAUGGACCAUAUUAUAGCCCGCAGAGUCAGUACCAGUAUGCUCCAUAUUGGAUGAUGCCCCAGUAACACAAAUAUUUCCCGGCUGUCAGGCACUCUUCAUAUAUUGCACAGUGAUAAUACAUGUAUGUUUGUGUAAGUAAAAUAAUUUACUAUGGAAAUAGAUUUACUUAAGUGUUGGAAGUAAUUUCACAUUAUAUUACAUGUCAAAGGUAUUAAUGUAAUUGUUUGGAGCUCAGUUAUCUACUUUGUGCAGCAGCAGCAGUAGAUAGUGUAAAUGAAAAAUAUUUGUGCAUAUAUGUUGUUAGCAAUUUGAAUUGUAUUCUGUAUGUGAAGGCCUUCAGAUAAUUUGUUGUACAUUGUGUUGUAGCAAUAGACAUUUAAUGUACAUUUUACAAGUUAAGUAUUAAAAAUUGCCAUGCUCCUUCUGAUUUCAGAAUGCUAUGAGAUUUAAAACCUUGUGACACUGCCAUCCAAUUGGAUGCUUAUAAUGAAACAAGUAGACAGCGUUAUGUUAUGGACACCACAAGAAUUAAAGCAGUGUGUAAGUGUUUGUGUUAUCCCACAGUUACUUCAAGUGUGUGUUUCCUGUACCUCUUUGCUGUUUGAUAUCACUUUCCCCACACCCUUAAACUACCGUGAUAUUUGUAUAGACACCAAUUAUCGAACUAUCAUAUGAUGACAAUUGCAGCAUUAUGAUAUUUGAAUUUAUAUAAUUUUUAUCUUUUUUUUUUUU